AUGAUCUUGCUGGAGAUCAAUAAUAGAAUUAUAGAAGAAACUCUAACAGUUAAAUAUAAAAAUGCACUGGCGCGCUUAAAACCUGAAUCCAUUGAUGUUACUGUUGCCGAUUUCGAUGGUGUGCUGUUUCAUAUUUCUAAUGUAAAUGGAGAUAAAACCAAAGUUAGGGUUAGUAUAUCAUUAAAGUUUUACAAGCAGUUAGAAGAACAUGGUGCAGACGAACUGCUUAAAAGGGUUUAUGGACCACUCCUUACUGAGGCAGAAUCAGGUUAUAAUGUAUCUGUGCUUUUGGAUAUGGAGAACAUCCCCGACGAUUGGGAAGACAUAGUGAAGAAAGUCGGUCUCCUAAAGAGAAAUUGUUUUGCAUCUGUAUUUGAGCGCUAUUUUCGUCUGCAGGAGGAUGGAGAUGUUAGUCACAAACGAGCUGUUAUCAACUAUCGGCAGGAUGAAACACUUUAUGUGGAGGCUCAAGAAGAUAGAGUCACAGUAGUAUUUUCAACAGUGUUCCGUCAUGAGGAUGAUAUGGUCAUAGGCAAGGUGUUCAUGCAGGAGCUUAAAGAGGGAAGAAGAGCUUCACAUACUGCACCACAAGUUCUGUUUUCCCACAAGGAGCCGCCGUUAGAGCUUGUAGACACGGACGCGAGAGUCGGUGAGAACAUCAGUUACGUCACCUUUGUGUUGUUCCCGCGGCACACGUGCGAGGCGGCGCGCGACAACACCAUCGACCUGCUGCACAUGUUCCGCGAUUAUCUGCACUACCACAUCAAGUGCUCCAAGGUGUACGUACACUCGCGCAUGCGCGCCAAGGCCGGCGAUCUGCUCAAGGUGCUGAACCGAGCCCGCCCGCAGCCCUCCACGCGCCCCACCGAGCGGAAGACCAUCACGGGAAGAACGUUUAUAAGGCGAGAU